AUGGAAGUUAAAAAUAAAAUGCCAGCAGCAGUUCAAAUAACUGCGGAGCAGCUGCUGCGGGAAGCAGUGGACAGACAGCUGGAAGAUGCAGCAGCAGCAAAGCCGCAGCAGCGGAUUGUGGAUGAUGAAGAACUUGAGGUGUACAGACUCAACAAAAGAAAAGAAUUCGAAGACUCCAUUCGCAGACAAAGACACCACAUCGGCACUUGGAUCAAAUACGCGCUUUGGGAGGCUGCCCAGCGAGAGGCGCGGAGCGUGUUUGAGCGGGCGCUGCUGGUGGACUACCAGAACGUGAGUUUGUGGCUCAAGUACAUUGAAAUGGAAAGCAGCAACAAGUUCGUGGUUAGCUGCCGCAACCUCUAUAAUAGGGUUUGUCAGUUGCUGCCGAGAGUGGAGCAGUUUUGGUUCAAAUACGCGCACAUGGAGGAGCUGCUCGGCAACUACGCAGGUCAGCAGCAGCAGCAGCAGCAGCAGCAGCAGCAGCAGCAGCAGCAGCAGCAGCAGCAGCAGCAGCAGCAGUGUGGGGUUUGCUGCAGGGGCCCGCGGGGUGUACCUGAGCAACCGGCCAAGUCAAGAGUCUUUUUUGCGGUUUUGCAAAUUCGAAGAAAAACACAAAAACAUUCCAAGAGCUCGAGCGGGAUUUGA